CUAUUGUUGUGUCCGGCGGGCGGGGGUAGCAAUAACUGCGCAGUAAGGGUGCACUGGAACUUUUACCUGAGUUACGUACGGCUUGCCAUUCAGUAGUGUACCACACUUCGGAGUGACUGGUAUACAUAAUUAUGCGGCCUGUGAGUCCAACAUCUGGAGGUUCUCCGAGAAAUAUGAAGUGGGUUCUCGUGCAAUGGCCAACUAAAAAGCGUGAUUUGGUCAACAUGCAAUCUCUUUUGUGCUCUUCGGAGGAAGAGGUGAGGGCUGGGAGAUAUGUAAACCUGCACUGGGCUGGGAGGGAGAAUACGGCACUUGUCGUUGCGCUUUCAAAUGAUCGUCAUAUGCUGGAAUCUAUGAUGGAGAAACGAUCGAGGUCACCUGUAGCAGGUUCUAGCUGGAGCAGGAAGAUGGAAGAGAUCGAUGGGGAUUAUUCCUCGAGUGCUUCGUCUUGGAAGCCAAGUGAUGAUGAGACUACGUCGUCGGCAGACUCCGAUGAGGACAUCCAAGCAAACAGAAAGCACAAAAUUAUUGACAAGAAACGCCGACUAUUAAACCGACAUUCAAUGAAUAACCUAGUGACUCCAAAGCACAGGUCCACUCCAAUUGAAUCGCGUUCUGAGUCGUCAUUAAAGAAUUUACACAGAAAGAACGUAAAGUCCCAGGAUGGUAGAAUUAACAAGGGACGUACAGACAGAUCUUUACCGGCUUUGGCAAGAAACAUCAGAACUGAGAGAAUUAAUCAUAAAAUUCGACCAAUUAAAAAUGACGAUUAUAUUUACCGUAUGGAAAAUUUGAUAACGAUUUUUGAAUGCCUAAUAGAUUCUAUCACAGAACGCAGAAAGAGUAUGUCGCCGAAGGCUCGACGGCUGGAGGAGUCACCGGAGGCGCCACAGCGGCAUGAGUCGCUGAAGUUAUCUGAGUCGUCGAAGUCAUCGGAGUCACUGGAUGCACAGACUUAUAAUAGGAAACAACAGCGAAAACAUAUGAACGGCUGUCUAGAUGAGGCUCAAGCUGGCUCCAGCCGCCCCGCGGAGCCCAUGGAGGAAGAUCAUGAGGAUGAGUUUGAUCGAUCUGAUGACGAGGUCCUCAUCACUAACCACUUGAGCAGAGUUCUCAAUAAAGAAAUUCACAGAAUGAAAACGGAUAAAAAUGUCACUCUACAAACUAUAGAGAAAAGUGUGAAGAGGAUCACGACAGAAAUAAAGAGCUGUCAGAAAGCAAUAGUUGAACUUAACGCCAAUAAGGAAAAUGAAAAUAUUAAUACCGCCAUAAAACCAACCGACAAAACAGAUAAAGAAUGGAUCGGCAUUGGCACCGGAAAAACAUUGGUACAUAAGGAUAAGUUUAAAAAUGUCAACUGGAAGUCCUAUACAAUUGCCACAAGGUCUUUGCUUCUUGCAAUCUUCUCAAGACAAGUCUUGGCUACACAUUCUCUGUCUGGAAAGAAGUCGCCAGCCUUCCUUCACAAGCCAGCCAAAAGAUCCCUGGAUCCACAAGUAGUUUCUGAUGUCAUUUGCGAGAUUACGGACAAAUUUGGCGUAUCAGAAAGUUUAGUUCGGGCCACCAUUACUACAAAGUGCGCCGAUGAGGCUAAGAUGCUCAGAAUGCGUCACGGUAAAUGUGAAGAUAACGAAAACAUCCCACCGCCACCAAAUGCAGAAUGCCGCCAAAAAAAGCCUAGAUGUUAUUAGUUGACCAGCUAUACGACUUCAACGCGUAAGGUAUCGGAUUUCCGAGACGUUAACCUAUUAUACGCUAAUAGAGGUAUAUUAUACGUUACACAUUAUCCAUAAAAAGAUACAAAGGUAAAAAGUCACACCACUCACCUGAAUGAUUUAAUAACAUUUGCUAAGUUAUAAACCGAUUUGGUAAGAAAUUAGAAACUAAUAAACAAAAAUUUUGAGUUUAGUCAAACACUUUGAUAAAAGCAAUGCAAUAGAUUCCGUUGGUCUGUAACAUACACCAUGUGAGGAAAGUGGCAAAUAUGGGCUCGAUCCAUAACAGAUUGUUAUUCUUAUAAAGUACAUAUUAUAUAUACCUGUUUAAGGUAAUUAAUUAUUAUCUAAUUGAAUUGAUUAUUUUCAAAUGUAUUUGCCUUGUUUUAAUUAUUAUUGUUAUUAAGUCAAUUUUAAGUAUCUGUGUCCUUUUGCGGUACGAAAUAGAAAUACGAAUAGGUACCUUAAAUUUAAAAAUAAUACUCUGUCAAGAAAGUACCGGGAAAAGAUCAAUAAUACACAAAAUGUCUGUUAUUCAUCCAAAUUUAUUUUUUUCCUAUCCUAUCAACCUAUCAGCGCCAAUGAAUAAUCCAUUCAUCAAAAAAUUUUUUAAACGCCAGUUCUCGCCGUGAAUGCUCCUUUAUGUCUUCUGUCACUAAGUAGUAAUUUGAGUUUAUGAAAAUGAAGUUAUCUGAGUCGUCGAAGUCAUCGGAGUCACUGGAUGCACGGACUUAUAAUAGGAAACCACAGCGAAAACAUAUGAACGGCUGUCUAGAUGAGGCUCAAGCUGGCUCCAGCCGCCCCGCGGAGCCCAUGGAGGAAGAUCAUGAGGAUGAGUUUAAUCGAUCUCACUAACCACUUGAGCAGAGUUCCCAA